GCACCAAAAACCCACAGAAGAUUCUAUUUGAAUAGGGAGAGGCAAUACCUUUGCAUGCUCUCUGGGCCACACUGCCGGUUACCAUGGUUUCACCAGGUACAUCUCAGGAUAGGUCAGCCAACAUAUCAAUAUGGAUAAGUUUCGUAUGAUGGCCCAGAUCCUCCAGUCCAACCAGGAGUCUUUUAUGAAUGGUAUAUGUGGCAUUAUGGCCCUGGCAAGCGCUCAGCUUUACACAUCUUUCGAAUUCAACUGCCCCUGUAUACCUGAAUAUAACUACUCCUAUGGCAUUAGUAUGCUGGUUAUUCCCCCUAUAUGGUUUUUCCUUUUGGGUUUCGUACUGAACAACAAUGUUUCAGUGCUAGCGGAGGAGUGGAAACGGCCAGUGGGACAACGGAAGAAGGACCCUACUGUCCUGCGGUACAUGUGUGUUUCUAUAUCCCAACGAUCACUCAUUGCACCAGCCGUUUGGAUCUCGGUAACAUUAAUGGAUGGUAAAAGCUUCUUGUGUGCCUACAGUAUGGACCUGGAUAUGACUGAGUUUGGCAAAAAUGUAAGUGGACAUGGACUAUCGCAAGAGGAACUCCUACGAACGCUUGCCAAAAUUCCAUGCAAGCAUAUAUUUGAUGGUCAGGACAUCGUAUCAAGAGAGGCAGCCACCAGAUACAUACGUUGUAUUUCACAGGCAUUUGGAUGGUUGUUCUUGAUGAUCAUCACAAUCAUUGCAUUCUUGAUCCGAGCCAUUCGUCCCUGCUUUACCCAGGCCGCCUUCCUCAAAACGAAGUAUUGGUCCCACUACGUAGACAUCGAGCGGAGGAUGUUUGAUGAGACCUGCACAGAACAUGCUAAAGGUUUCGCUAAGGUUUGCAUCAAGCAAUACUUUGAGGGUAUUAGCGGUGAGAUUCAGAGUAUCCACGAUCAUCCGCAUGGAGAUAAAAGCGAAGAUGGUGAUGAUAACCCCCCUACUGAUGAAGAUAAACUGUUGGGCGUUUGUAGACAAGAUUCAGUGAAUAAGGUGCUAUGGGACUGGCACAUGUGCAAACCUGCACUGAGUAUUCAAAAGCCUAUACAAGCUAGCACUGGAGAACAAAAUGGUGAUUGUGGCACGAAAGCUAACUUGAAUCAAAAUGGACAUAACUGUGAUAAAACUGAUCUUGGUGCAAACCAAAAUGGCUUGAAGAACGGUUAUGUGAAUGCAGGCCUUGAUAUUGGCCAAAGUGAACUGGACAGGGGACAUGAUAAUGCUAGUUUUAGCACAGGCCAAAAUGGUUUUACAAAUAGUUAUACCACACAAAAUAAUAGCACAAGUCAGAAUGUAUACAUGAAUGCUGGUGCCACUUCUCCAAGAAGUGCUCAAAAAAAAUCAUCGGCAGUGUAUUACAGUAAAGUUUGAGAAUAUACAGUAGUGGCUUUAAAAAUUGUAAAGCUAAAGACCCCAUGAAAUCGCUUGAGCGCAGUUUCUUCCUGUUGAUGUGUUUCCUAUUGAAUCAGGAAGGGACUAAGAGCUUGUCCCUUUUAGUUAAAUAGUCAAUAGUCUUUAGUUUACAUCAGCCAUGUACCACCAUUUGCUACUUGCUAUUGCUAGUCAGAGUGUCAUUUUGGAUACACCCAUGAGUUUAAGAUGUGUCAUGAUUAUUACUUGUCUGUUUUCCCAAAAUUAUUAUUAUUAUUAUUAUUUUCAUUUUACAUUUUUAUAUCUGCUAAAAGAUAAUUUUUUGUUGAUAAGAGUACUUUAGCAUAUAGAAAGCCCUUAAAGUUAACAGACAUGAACUAAAAGCCAUAAAACUGUAUACCACAUAAUCAACCAAAAAUAACGUAAACAUUUAUUUUUAUACCUUCUGUCCCAGUAGUCUGAAAUUAAUUGAUUUACCUGACACUUAACUGAAAUGUGUAAUUUCUGUGCCCAAUGGAAUAGUAUCAUGGAAUUAUUGUUUCCAAAAAAUAAAAAAAUGGAAGCUCAAAGAGGCCAUGAUAUUAUUAUUAUUAUUUGUUUAUUUUUCUUUUAAAUGCAAUACCACUUAAUUUCGACUCGCCUGCUAAUCAGGAUACACGGAAGCAUUUAGUCACAUUCAUACUGAGGAAAACUAAAUAUGUUGCCACCAAUCUGAUUUAGACUUGUUUGCCAUUGGAGAUAUACCACUAAGCUAAAAUAUACUAUAUACUGUAUAAACUGUGAAAUAUACGGAAUAUACUAUAAAAUAUACAGCUAAAAUGUAUAUCUAUCUCUAUUUUCAUGUCCAAACAAAUACCAAAAUGCUCUUUUUAUACAGAAUGCUGUUUCACUUUGUGCCACUAGAGGGCACAAUACAUCUGACCUCAACAAACCUUGGCAUACAUUUUGUAAGCAUUAUUUCCUUUCAGACUAUUUGUAACAAUUUAGCAAAAGCAAAUAUAACACAUAAUAUUUCUUUCAGGUGACACUGCAAUAAAAUGUUGCUUAUGAUCAUAUGAUAUGAUAUUUUA